AUGGAAUACUUCGACUUUGAUGGAGCCUCAUAUGGUUCCCAAGCUCGCGACGACGAUGUGGCCUCGAAUACUUUCGAGAUCGACGAAAGCGAUGCGACUGCAAACUGUGAUUCUCUUUUGCUUGAACAGCCAUUGGACUUCUCCAAUCAAAUGCAGGAGCAGAACCCUUUGGCUCAGAAAAUAGAAUCCCUUCCAGACAACGGACAGUGUCACGAUACUCUCCCAAUAUUCCGAGCCAAAGUCCCUUGCGAUUUUUGCAGGCACAUGAAUCUGGAAUGCUUCGUCGUUAUUAGAGGUGUGUUGCAGAAUGGUUGCACGUGCUGCAUUUCCCUUUACCGAGAGUGCAGUUUUACGCAUGCCAAAGUGCCGGGCAAGUUUAUGGAUACUUUGCAUGCCAUCUCCGAGAACGUGGACAUCCCCACAGGGGGUCCAACGGGUAGGAAGACUCUUAAAUCCCUUACGGGAAUGACGACCUCGGAAGAUAAGGAGGGUCGCGGGCGGAAGAGUAGUUCUCGACUUUCCCGCGACGCGGUCAGAAUUCUGAAGACCUGGCUCUUGGAACAUCUUGACCAUCCCUACCCGAGUGAGGACGAGAAGGAUGAGCUGAAAAGACGCACUGGGUUGAAACGCACUCAAAUUAGCAACUGGCUUGCUAAUGCGAGGCGGCGUGGAAAGGGCCAACCCUCCCCACUCAGUACUUGUUCAGCGUCUGGUGCCAUUGACAUUCCCGGACAGCGACAACAGCAGCAGCAACAUCCAAAUAUCGCGCUCAUGACGCCCCUGGAGCGUUGGAAGUACUCUCCCCCCGAAAACGAACCUGCUGCUACUUCCGAUAUUUUGCGAGCCCUGGUGAAUACACCGCUGGACUCGACACGGCAGUCGGGUCACGUGCGUUCCCUUUCUCGUAAGGAGUCAAGCAAUGACUCAAGCCAUGCCAACUCCAAUAUAUUCAAGGCCCCAUCCAACAGUAGUUUGGGGACCAGUCGGUCCGCCAGUCGAUCAUCUGUCUCUGACCUGUCCUUUGCUUCUGCCUUCUCCCACCGGUCCUCCUUGGAGUCCUUUGGCUCAAUGGACAGGAAGGAUCGUCGCCGUCGUCGCAAGCCAUCAACAGCACUGAACCCUUUCAAUCAACAGAAGGCUCGAAGUGCUCGCAUCUUUCAAUGCACUUUCUGUACCGACUCCUUUGCAACCAAAUAUGAUUGGCAGCGGCACGAGAAGUCCCUGCAUCUUGCCUUGGAGAAAUGGACGUGUUCACCCCAUGGGGGUGUUGUCUAUGUCAACGGCGCCAAUCGAUGUGUCUUCUGCAUGGCGAGUGACCCCGACACUGACCAUCUGGAGUCCCACUGCUAUAGUACCUGCCAAGAGAAGACGGUCGCUGAGCGAACAUUCUAUCGCAAGGACCACCUCAAUCAGCAUUUGAGAUUGAUGCAUAAUGUGAAGUUCAACUCGUACAUGGCCCAAUGGCAAAGUACCACCACCGAGCUCAAAUCGCGUUGUGGCUUCUGCGGCACAACACUUAGUACUUGGAAGGACCGUGUUGAGCAUAUCGCUGCGCAUUUCAAGAACGGAGCUGAGAUGGCUCAAUGGCAGGGGGACUGGGGCUUUGAACCUUUUGUUCAGGGCUUGGUAGAGAACGCAAUGCCACCUUAUCUCAUCGGUCAAGAACGGAAAACACUGGACCCUUACACAACCUCGCGUUCCUUCGGACCAUCAUCCCGUACCCUCAAUGAUGCAGCCCCCCGCUUGAGUGAACCCGACGACGCCAAUUGUUUUCAUCGCCUACAACGCGAGCUUACUGCUUUCAUCCACAGUAAUGUUGCAGAAGGUAUCAUCCCAACAGAUCAAAUGAUUCAGGAUCAUGCUCGGACCGUCAUCUAUAGCAAUGCUGACCCUUGGAACCAAACCUGUGCCGAUAACGCCGUUUGGCUGAGUAUCCUGAAGCGGGAUGCUGGCUUGGAAAUGGUACCCGAGGCGGAGAAGUUUGAACUAGACAAUAUCGACAUGCAACCCCCGUUCGCAAUGCAUGGUGGAUUGAGGCAGCCUCCUGUUGAGAAGAAUGUGUUAGCGAGAAGUAUCUGCUCCAAGAUGCCUCUCAAACCAGAAAACUUCAGUCCUGCACUGCAAAGCCCUGCUUUUCCUGGAACAGGUCGGUCCUCCGUUGCCGCAAGUAUGCCUGGAAGCUCGGCCGCUAGCUAUGUUGGCAGUUUUGGAGCUGCACCCUCCGGAGUCAACUCGGGUCUCUCAACCGACUGGGGCAGUAACCUCUCCGCCGGGGUUUCUUCCUCCUUUGCUACACCUGUCAGUGGGUCCGUCUCAGUUGAUCCAUUUGUUCAAAUGGGCUUCGAGCCGGAGUUUCUGCAACAAUUGAACAAUCGAUACGGCGAGAUGCAGCUGGACGACAUGGAGGGGAUAAUGUUUGAUAUGGAGAAAGGACGUGAUACUGAGGUGGUCCCCGAGAGUGAUGUAUACAAAAUGUCUUCAACAGCAGAUGAUGGUAUUCCCGCCUCCAACGUCGGGUCCGCGCCCAGCAAAAUUCUCAAUCCUGGGCAGACUGGAGUCGGAACACACCAAGCCCAGACAUCACUCAAGGACGUAUUCAAUCCCAGCAUGGGUGGUGACGUCUGA